ACCCAACACCCUUCACCCCCAACCUUGACCUGCCCUUCGUUGACCACCCGCCCGCGACCCAAGACCCUACCACGCUUAUACACCGCCCCCAGCUUACUUGCAGCGUUGCAGCCUCCCAUACUUCACUUGCCUUGGUUUGGCUUGCCACACCCAGCACGCGCCUCACCUACCAUCCCCGACCAUCUUCGUCAUCUAGCCGACCAAGUCGCCGCGCCCAGCGUCAUCACCACUCACAACUACAUCAUCUACUCGCCAGCUUCUCCUCCAAAACGCCACCAUGCGUCGCACAUCCAGCAUCAGCAGCAUGAGCUCCUCCAGCUCCGAGACUGAAGAGACGAUGCAGAUCUUUGUCAAGACCGUGUCCGGAAACAACACAAUCCCCCUCACAAUCCCUUCAAAUACCUCAAUAAGCACCCUACGCUCCCUGCUCGCCCUCCGCACCAACCUCUCCACCCCCGACGAUCUCCGCAUAGUGCACGCCGGCAAGCACCUUUCAUCCUCGGAAACCACAUUAGCCGACUACUCCAUCGGCGCAAACUCUACGCUUCACCUCGCUCUGCCACUUCGUGGCGGCAUGCCCCCAAAGAAGAUCCGAUGCUCCUUCAAGGACUGCAAGGACCGCGCACAACCCAUUGUUGGUGACUGCGGCUUCUGCGAUGGCCACCACUGCAGUAAGCACCGCAUGCUUGAGGACCACAAGUGCGAGGGUCUAGAGGACUGCAAGAAGGAGAGCCAUAACCGGAAUGCGGAUAAGCUCAACAGCGAGCGAACAGUGGCUAUCAAGGGUGUUUGAUUGAAUAUCCUCCAUGGGUACUCAGACCACCUCCAUGGCAUAUAUGUACAUAUGUACGCCUUGGACUGGCCUGUGUUUCCCUGAGCGAUUUGGUGUGGCUUGAGUAGAACACCAUCUGCAGCUCUCUAUGUUUUCCACGCGGUGCAGUCGUAGCAAUGAUGGGUCUUGGUUUUAGCUUGCGUGGUUUUUAGGGCUUCUUAAUCUUUUGGUUCCGGGCGCAAGGCGUCCACGGAAUGUAGUUACUAGCGCUUUGUAUUUGUAGCUGCUAGGCCUUACAAACAACCGUUCAUAUUUC